UAGAGAGCGGGAGAGAGAGAGGGUAGAGAGGACGAGAGAGAGGAUUGAGAGAGCGAGGGAAAGAGAGCCACGAGGAGGGGUUGUGAGUCUGGAUGUAUGCAGUAACUUGGUGGGACUGGGGGGAAAUGAUAUUGGUACUGGGAUGACCCCCCACCAACAAAGAGACACUGGAGGGACCAAAACAGACAAUCACAACAACCCUCCAAACCACAACCCACCCAAAAUCCUGCCUGUCUCUGGCAAACUAGAGCAGAACAACUCCGGGCUGGUUCGUCCUUCUGCCUUCAAACCAGUGGUUCCCAAAAGCUUUCACUCCAUGCAGAACCUCGUAGGCCAAACUAGUAGUGGUGAGGGUAGGGGUGCGGGGGGGCGUAGAGAAGGAGGAGCAGGGGGAGGAGAACCAGGGGCAGUUCCAGAGGCCCUCCUUCUAGACCAGGACAGCCCAGGAAGAGGCAGCUUCCGGGCAGAGGGAACAGGAGGGGGUGAGGGUAAAGGAGGGGUCCAGGGGGGGAUGUCAGAUUCGGGGAGAAACUCCUUGACCAGCCUGCCCACCUACACAGGCUCUGGGUCGGGCUAUGUGCCCCCAGCGGCCCUGGGUACUCUCAGUGCUUCUACCAGCCAUAUCAACAGACUAGGGACCACAGCUGGAGCUGCAGUGGCUCAGGACAAGCUGGAGAAACCAGGCUACCAGAAUGGGCUGAGUGCCUCGGACAGUGGCCACUCCUCUUCAGGAAAGAGCUCCUCAUCCUAUCAGAGGCUGAGCCACCUGGGGGACACCCCAGCACCCCUUCGCCCCUCGCCUUCCUCUGAUGACGUCAUCCAAGACCUGGAGGACCGGCUCUGGGAGAAGGAACAAGAGGUGCAGCACAUGCAUCGUAACUUGGACCAGAGCGAGGCAGCCAUCGUCCAGGUUUUUGAGGAGAAGCAGCGUGUGUGGGAGAGACAGAUGGAAGAGCUGAGACAGAACUAUGCCUCCCGCCUGCAGCAGGUGACCACACAUUCCACAGCGGCAUUAACCAAUAAGAAUCCACCAAAUGUUGUUCAUCUCUUCCUCUGUGUACAGGUGACGCGCCGCGCCCAGCGCUCCCAGAAUGCCCUGCAGGCCCAGAUCACCCAUCUGUCGCAGGACAAGCGGCGCCUGCAGGAGGAGAUGCCUGCCUUGCUGGCCCAGAGAGAAGAGCUGGAGAGGAAGUGUCUGGACUUCAGGAAGGAACAGGCCGACAUACUGCCACGCCUGGAGGAGACCAAGUGGGAGGUAUGUCAGAAAGCGGGGGAGAUCUCCCUGCUGAAGCAGCAGCUGAGGGAGAGCCAGGUGGAGGUGACCCAGCGGGCGGGAGAGAUGGUGGCCCUCAGGGGUCAGCUGAAAGAGGCCAACGCUCAGCUGAGAGACCGGGAGGAGGUCAUGCUGGGCCUCAAGGACUCCUACACCAACAAGAGCCUGGAGCUGGAGCGCUGCCAGGGAGAGCUAAGAAGGACACUGACUGAGGUGUCUAUCCUGAGGGAGAAGCUGGGUGUGUUUGAGGCGGAGGUUCUGGGUCUUAAACGAACUCUGGGGGAGCUGGGCGGAGCGGUUGAUCCUGCCAUAACCCAAACCCUAGCAGCAGGAAGGCUACUCCCCCAGUGGGGGGCUCUCUACUGCCUCCGCACCCCCACUGAGCCCUCCUCCACCGCCCUUACCCACACCUCAGAUGCCCUGCUCAGCUUUCAGAGUGAUGAGGCAAAAGCCCAGAGGCAAGAGACACAGAGACAGGAGAGGCAGCAGCGUGAAGAGGCCCAGUGGUGUGACAUGCAGCCACGCCAGGAGGCCCAUCUCCAUCAGGAAUCCCAACUGCGUAAGGAAGCUCAACUUCGUCAGGAAGCCUACUUGCGUCAGGAGGCCCAGCAGCAGCAGCGCCAGGAGGCCCAGUGGGAGGAAUCAGGGAACCUGCGUGAGCAGCUGGAACAGCUCCAGGGGGCCUUACGUCUAGAACGUCAGCAGAGAGAGCUCCAGGCCCAAAGUUUUGACCAGGAGCGACACACCUGGAUUGACGAGAAGGAGCGUGUGCUGAAAUACCAGGCGCAGCUUCAGGUCAGCUAUGUGGAGACUCUACAGAAAAACCAGGUUCUAGAGCAACAGGUGGGACAGCUGGGGACCAAACUUACCCCCUCCCCCUCAUCUUCCAUCUCCCCUCCCCCACCACCAGCACUGUCAACCCUCCCUCCCCUGCCCUCAGUCCCUCUCCCAGCCCCCAUUGCACUCACCCUCUCACCCCCGCACUGUGAGGACCAGAAAGGCCCCCCUUCCCUCCUCCAGCUGCCCCCACCCUGGGCAGGUCCCUCACGCCUGGAGAGGAUAGAGUCCACUGAGAUUUAGAGAGGCUCCAUUCCACUGAAUAUCAACUUGAUUACAAACAACAAAAGACAUAUUAAGCUACAAAACAGAACUGCAACGCAAACUGUACCAUUGAAUAUUGUACAGUUAAAACAACCAAUGCAAACUGAACAGCAGAGAACAAUACAAUAGAGUUUAGACUAUGAACACAAACUAUAAUUGAUUACAAUACAGUAUUAAAGAAAACAACAGAAAAACAAAAUCAACGGCUACAUUAUAGAAUUCAAUAUAAACUACAUUACAAGCAAAGUACACUAUAUGUGAAUAUUAAAACUAAACUACUCAAUCCUGUCAAUGAUAGAGUAUCCAUUGCUUACCAGGCAGUCUUGGUGGGAAGCAGUGACAUUCAAAUGGAAGCAAGAUUGGCCUCAAAAGUUCCAAGAUGAUAACAUUCUAGUUUGAAUGCAAAUAAUCAUGUUAUUGUUCUGGAAGGCUUGGUACCAACCUGGAGGGUAGAUUGCCAAACUGCAUGUCUAUGAUAAUGGGACAUGAAGUUGGGGAAACCAGAAUCAUAUUAUAGAAGAUAAUCAGGGGCGAUGUUUUGCAGAAUGUGCUUGUCUUUUCCAUUUCUGGGACGAUGUUUCUCUCAGAAGGUGUGUGAGAGGAUUGUGAUGAGAAAGUGGAUGUGUCGGAAAGUGAAAAUUGGGGAUAAAAUCAAAAGUGUGUUUUUAAUAGGAGGAAAUUAGGAGAAUAGUAGUAUAGUUGAUUGGUAGUUGUUUGGUUGGUUCCAUUUCAGCUCAUUUCCUGAAGUGGCUUGAGAUUAAAUGUAGUCGAACUCUGAAUGAUUCUUAAUGUAGAUUCAGGGAUAUUGGAGAACCUCCCACUAGGCACAGAUGUCAUUUCAACGUCUCUUCGACAUUGGUUCUUCGUCAUUUCAUUGAAAUGAUGUGGAAACAACAUUGAUUAAACCAGUAUGUGCCCAGUGGGCUGGCUCUCUGGCACUACAAACUGUCCGUGGUGACUAAAGAUGAACACAAGGGGUCAGCAUUGAGCUGUGUCAGAGCUCCCCACCAGCAGAGAAAAUUACUUGAAAAUGACUGUUUAUUCCGGGGUCUGCGAAAGAGACACGGAAACACACUGGCUUUACUCGGAUAGUGUCAUUAUUUAUACUUUCAGAUCAUGCUUUUAUGACCAAGAGUGGGAGGAGACCAAGUGACAAGAGUGAGCAGAAAGAAUGAGGUGAAAAAAGUGAGGACGGAGCUGAAACUGCCUUCAUAUGUAAAAAUAGGAGGCAAGUGAGAGUACAAUAGUGAAAGAAUGAGAGGCUUGGUCCAGAGAAAGGCUGAAUUAACUUUCACCCACCCAGCCCUUUCAAAUCAGCAAUGGUGCAAGUUUUCAAAAUGGGAUGCAUCCCAAAGGAAGACAUUGCCUUCCCGAGGUAGAGUUCAGACUUACUGCACUUGGUCCUAUUGAGGAGAUCAGACCGGAAGUAGACUCGAUUAGAUGUGAAUAAUAUGGCUUUUAUGUGUUCAAGUUUAUUCCAGCAUACCAAGACACUGCGUGUGAAUAUUUAAAGAAAUCAAAUUAUUACUAUUACAAUUGUUAUUAUUAUUCUUGUGAAUCGGACAAGUAUUAUAAGCUUUUCUUGAAUGUUUCUUAACUGUAUAUGAAUGCUAGUUUAGAUCUACUACAUGGUUCAACCAUAUUGUAAGAAUAUGUCGAACAUCAACUACUAACAAUAUCAACUAUAUCCAAAGCCAUUGUUAGUUUCUUUUUUCUUGUUGGUGAUGUCAACGUAAUUACUGUAUUGUUUUAGAGAGGAAAUUGCCACCAAUGUUUUUGUACUUUGAAUUUAUGUUACUGCAAUGGCUUGAUGAAGAUCACUCCUGGGUAAAAUCAAACGGAAUCAAUAAAGAUGCAAGUAAAUAAACAUGACUUCAUUUCCAAUAAGGUGAUUAUACACAGUGUAGAAAACAUUAGGAACACCUUCCUAAUAUUAGGUUACACCCUCUUUGCCCUCAGAACAGCCUCAA